AUGUCAUCUUCCAGAGUAUUUGAGGCUAUCGGCAAGGAUGAUGCCUAUUUUGAGCUCAAAUCAAGACUAUACGAUGAUUUUAACUCGGAGGAUUCGGAGGGAAAGGCUUAUAGUCACGUACUCAAUGGAGUAAUUGAUGUUCUGAAGAGAGCGGACAGCAUAGACCACAAUGUGGAUAUAAACAGCGAAUGUAAGAUCCUAAUAGAAGAUGUAGCUACGAGCGGAUUGUGUAGAUACCCCUGGGAAGUUGUCAAACUGCUUCUGUUGGUUAUUUGGGGCCACGUCUUUGACGAAGUGCGUGAGUAUGAAAAUGCCAAUAAUGAAGAAGAGGACGACUUUGAAAGGUAUGAGCAUGAGAAACGCGAGUCAUUGGCUCGCCUCUUAGAGUUCGACCUUCCUCCAUUUACACUUCAAAGGCUCUGCGAAAUACCACUCAACCAGCCAUACAGAGCACUGCAUAAGAUAUUCAACGCAUAUCGCAAACUCUUCAACGUGAGAAAUAUAGAGUAUGAACCAGUAUGUAUACCAAAAUUUGUAAAACUUGAAGAUUUUAAACUGAACAAGGUGUACUCUAACCUAGACAAAUGGGAUGAACAACUUGAAACAUCCUUUAGACCACAAUGGUCGCAAGAUAUAUGGAUAGAUUGUUCAAGUGACGAUUCUUCGAGUGACUACCUUGAAAAAAGAUCAAUAGACGAGUAA